CUCGCGGUCGGCAAUCCUGCUUAGAUUGUUUCCUUCCCUCGCAUUUUUCCCCCAGCUUCGCCUCCUCGUCAUCACACACUCACACAUCCCUUCUCUUUUUUUCCCUUCAUCUCUGCAAUCACCCUUUGCGCCUAUGAUCUGCUGCGCUCUGGGGAGUUGUCGCUUUCCAGAGUGUCCCAUUCCACACGUGCCUAGGUCGCAAGUUACCAGGGGCUUGUUGACGUAAAAAAAAAAACGCGGCUCUCUUGCGGGCGCGUCUGUCUAUCUAGCUUUUCCGUGGCCAUCUUUGCGCACAACCCCUCGCCUUCUUCGAUCGUCUCUACAUCCCUUACUCCUCCAUGUGUGUCCCGGGGCACUACACCCGGCCUUGAGCUCUCCAGCUAGCUAGCCGUUUAUAGAGAUCACGUAUCGUCGCCAAAAUGCCGUCUCCGAUGCACCACCCCCAAGCCAAGUUCGAUCCGAUCCCCCCGGAUCUCGACCUCCAUGCACUUGUCGACAGGACCCCCAACUUCGACUGGGUCGUACGCAUCUCCACCGCCCACAUUAGGCGUCUAGGCCCCUCCGGUUUCGAGAAGUUGGUACAGCUUCACGUCAUAGAGGGAGGUCGGCCGCUUGUCAUCGAGGGGUGGAAUAAGGUCCUACCCGAGAGACUAUUCAGCGCCUCCUGGCUGGAGAGCGCGUACGACAAGAAGCAGGAAAAUGUUCGCGAUAUCACUUCGCAAACCGAUAUUCCGAUGACUAUGGGUCAUUAUCUACGGUCGAUGCGACAGCUGACAAAUCAGUGGUCUCCUAACAACUUCCGCGAUGAACGACGACAGCGUCUCUACCUGAAAGAUAUAGAUUGCCCCCCUGAAUGGUACAACCACCUAAAGAAGGUCAUACCCCCGAAUGUCUUCUACAUGAACGAGAACGUUAGCGCGAACCCGGCCGCGGAUGCUCGGAACGACGAUAUUUUCGGCGCCCCCGAGAAAACCUCCGCCGUCGCGGGUGAUCUGAUGAGUAGUCUCCCGGAGGAGAUGCGCGCUCAGAAUUUGAUGUGCUACAUCGGCCACGAAGGAACGUAUACACCUGCGCACCGGGAGAUGUGCGCAAGCUUGGGACAGAAUAUCAUGGUCGAGGCCUCGGGGGAUAAGGAUGGAGAGAAGCCGGGUAGUUCUAUUUGGUUCAUGACCGAGACCAAGGAGCGUGAGGUCGUCCGCGAAUACUUUCUCUCCAUGCUCGGCCACGACAUCGAGAUUGAGAAACAUUUCGCUCAAAUUAACGCCUGGAAGAAGGCCAACUUUUCCGUCUAUAUCGUGGAGCAGAAAGUAGGCGACUUUAUCUUGGUCCCCCCCCUAGCGCCUCACCAAGUUUGGAAUCGUGGGACGAGAACAGUGAAGGUUGCGUGGAACAGGACGACUGUCGAAACUCUCGGCUUAGCCCUCAGUGAAGCCCUGCCGAAGGCACGACUCGUCUGCCGAGACGAACAGUACAAAAACAAGGCUAUCAUCUUUUACACCCUCGACAAGUAUCAUAAGGAACUCGAGUCCUUCGAGGAAAAUACCGAGCUCGGUCUGCUAGCGCUCGGCCAAGAGUUUAUGCAGAACUCAUCGCGCGUGAGGCAGAUGGCCAACGAUUUCAGACACUUAUUUCAGCUUUUCACGGAGAUUCUAGUGGGCGAGAUGUUUGGUCAGAAGCAGAUGAAUGUCGAGUACAUCCCGUUCGACUCGAACAUCACAUGUUCGUAUUGCCGGUCCAACAUCUUCAAUCGCUUCUUAACCUGCAAAUGCUGUGUUCGCCAGCUGGUCAAUGGCGAUGAGGAUACGUACGAUAUCUGCAUGGAAUGCUACGCCAUGGGCCGCUCGUGCGUCUGCAUCUCGGGCCUCCAGUGGUGCGAGCAGUGGAAAUGGUCUGAUCUCGUCGAGAGACAUGAGACCUGGCGAGCGAUGGUAAUCAAGCAGGAUGGAUUCGUCGACAUCAACCUGUCUCCCCAGCCUCUAGAGAUCGCGCGAAAAAGAUCUGGCAAGAAAUCCGUGGCCCAGAUUUGCCAGGACCAACUUCGGCGGCGACCCUGGAACGACAUCACAAAGCCGCCUGAGCCUCACACCGAGGAGGAGGACGAACCCGAGGUCGAUGACGAGGGCCGGGUUAAGAAGAAGCCCAGGUGGAGGAGGCGCAAGAAGAAGGGCGAGAUCCACCGCUGCCAUGUCUGUUGCCACAAGGAAUACACGUAUAAGCUGAGUUUUUGCACCACGUGCACGAACGCCUAUUGCUACGGCGUCUUGUGGCGGGCGUUUGACAUGAUGCCGCAAGCAGUGAUGGAGAAAGAGCACUGGCAAUGUCCCAAAUGCCUCCAAGUUUGCAAUUGCGGGGCGUGUCGGCAGAGUGGAAAUGGAAAUCCAUAUCAACCAAAGAACACCCUCCUUGGGCACGACACACGUCCUAUCGCGGACGACCGCAGCGUCGAGUCGAUUGUCGACUUCCGACAACACAACCUUAAUUGGCUGAAAGCCGCUGGAGAGGAGAACCGGAGCAAGGACACGAGACGGAUGCAGCGACUGAAGCAGCAGGCAGAUGCCGAAAAAGCCAAAGACCCGCUGGCGUCACUGGAUGCCGCAGAGGAUGCUCCUCACGAAAUGGACUCGGCUCUCCAAGAUUCGAUUAUGAAUGGUUACGGCGAUCAAAGCCACGCCCUGGGCACGGCUGCUGGGGCUAUGCCUAAUUACGAAAACGACCAGCCACCUCCUGUCGAAGCUCCAGCCAACGAAAAGCCGCCCGAUGGCCACAUCGAGAGCGCCGACGUAUCCGCCUUGCAGAAUGACGAAGGCGACUCGGUCUACCCAGAUCUUUCCGAAUAUCCCGACCCGUCGAUGAUGGCUGGCAGACGAAUGAUGGGCAUGGGAUUCUACGACCAAGAUGAGAGUGCUGAUAAGAUUCUGUUUGAGUCUUUCCAGAUGCCGUCUGCUGAGUCCAUAAACAAUGAGCCUGAAAUUUCCGACUUUGUCAAGAAAACACUUCGACUAGCGAAAAGAAAGGCGAGACUAGAGACAGAUCAAGAUCCAGACUUCAGGGGACCCAAGAGUCAUUUUCGCAAAAAGCCUAGGGUCGGAAACAUCGACCAAUUUGACAACUUGGACCCAGCCCUGCUUGGUGUCGUUGGCGAGAUUAUCUCUACCCCGACAGGGGCUGCUCCUGGCAGCGAAUUAAAUGGAAACCCCCAGCAGUCGGUCGACGGCGCCGUCGAGGAACAGGCACAUAACGAGGAGGUUCCACCAAAUUCUCCUCCCAAGCAGAGCAAGUCGACUCUCCCCGUGGACCCCCUACGACCUACCCUGCGGCAUGCUAAGCCGAAGACAUCAUAUGUGGAAGCCGAGGAUCCCGUAGAAGACCUAGAGGACGCCGUUCCGGUUGAUUCGCUGCAAAUUUUUGGGCCCGAAAACGAGGAUGGCGUCCCGGAGGACGCUAACCCUGUAGACCUUGCGGCGGACGCAAUCCGCGCCUUGACCCAGCGUCCUAAGGAUACCGAGACACCAGCAGUCGCAACCGCGACGCCGAAAUCUACCGGCAAACGACGAGGUCGGCCACCCCGAAGUUCUCUUGGCAUAACUAGCGCUCCGUCGUCAGGCAGGAGACCCGGCCGCCCUCCUGGACGACCUAGAAAGUCUCUCCCCAACGAUGCCACAGAUGGCGAUGUCGCUACCGCAGAGGGUGCCGACAACUCUAAUGUGACGGUUGACGAGCUCGAGGCUCAACUCGCGCAAGAAUUAGGUGACGACCCAGACCGAGAUAUGGAGACACGAUCGCCAGCGACCCCAUCUCGCGGAGGUUUGGUGAAAAGAAGAGGCCGGCCCCCGGGAAGGCCCCGCACUAAAUCGCUGGCACGGCCUCCUUCCGACCCAGAGCCGUUGCCGGACAUACGAUUCAUGUCUAUGAGGGAACGGGCCGCGAUGAGAGGUCGGAAGAUUAGAAUAAGCUCUCGAAAGACAAGAGCCGAGCAGUCCGGAAGCCCUGCUACGACUUCGGCAAGAGAGGCACCAAAGGAAGCCUCUACUGCCACAACCGAAGGUAGUAUAGACAAACCAGCAGAUGAUGUCAACGGCGAGGAGGAAAGUGUGUCUAGCCCUAAGCGAGGCCGGAAGGAAUUAGAUGACGACGAUUUCGAGCCCGGUGACGCGGCCGCUUCUCCUGCACCGAGCUCUCUACCAGAACAAGACGGGUCGGGACGCCGACCCACAAGGCGGUCGAGUGGCCCUACCGUCGUUAGACUCUCGAUCUCGGAUUCCGGUGACAGUGAUUCAUCGCAGUCGGACGAUUCUGGCGACGACCAUCCCUCUAGGAAGCGCUUUGUUGCAUCGCGCGGCCGGGGAAGGGGUAGAGGAAGGGGACGAGGAGGGAGAGGCAGAGCGAGUAUGCGUGGCCGGGGCUAGUCGAGCCACUACGGAAUGCACCGGGUUUCUCAGUCUUCUUUUUUUUUUUUAUUCAAGUUGGCAGUACAGCCAAACAGGCAAGCUCGCCAACAACCAUGUAAAUUCCCCGCGUUACUGCUACACAUGGAUAAUUAGUCGAUCUUGCUUCCAUUGUCAAAAAUUCACCUCAAGUACAACCAAGGAUCUGUCGCGUCAAAAGCGAGCCGGGUAUGGUGAUGGAUGCGUAGGAAUGCGCCUGUUCGCUCGUACCGUAGUGUAUUGCCUGCCUCAAGUGUC